ACAUCAUGCAGCAGCACUAUGACUCCGCCUACCGACGCCUCGACGCCCACGUGGAGGCGGCGUCGCUCCGCCCACACCCUGACGCCGGCGCCCGCCCCUACCACGCCCGCCCCAAGACCAGGAACGGCAACGUGUUGUCCGCGGUGUUGUGCCUCAUCAAGGAGCUCGACUACACGAGCCUCGAGGUCGCUGAGAUGGCCAUACGCUGCCGUAUGGACGAGCUCGACGACUGAGGGUACGCACCGCACCCUUGUCCUUCUCUUGUCCUCAACCCUCAUGGCCUCAACCCUCGUGGCCUCAACCCUGAUGGAAUCAACCCUCAUGUCCUCAACCCUCAUGGCCUCAACCCUGAUAACCUCAACCCUGAUGGCCUCAACCCUCAUGUCUUCAGUCAUCAAUACCAUCCCUCGAUGCCUAACGCCUUCAUCAAGAUGGGGGAAGGGACUGGCCCGUACUUCGCUAACACAGAAAUGGAACUCCCGUAUUCUCCUUCAUUGAGGUCUGGCAUCCCUCAUCCAGUUGAGGCUAUUGCCUCUUACCCUUCUUAUCCUUCCUCAGCUCCAUAUUCAUUUCCCGGUAGUGCAGGAGUUCCUUACACUUUAUCUUCAUCGUGCGCUGUCUUCUCUAGUAAUCAGGCCGUCUGGGGGGCGGCGCCCUCAGGAAUUGUUACUGCUGUUAAUUCUACAGUCGCUUUCUCUCCUAGUGCUACUUUGUCUCCAAACGUCAGCCUUCUCUCGCCCAGGUCACCUUAUGGUGUCAACAUGUCGCCUAAAACACCUAACCUCGCGCCAUCCAAUGUGGCACAUAACGCUUACGGAACUCCAAAUGCCAAUGUGACACCCAACGCUUACGUGAGUCCGAAUGCCAAUGUGGCAACUUACGUGAGUCCGAAUGAAAAUAUGGCACCUAACUCUUACUGGACUCCUAAUGCCAAUAUGGCACCUAAUGCUAUGGCACCUAAUGCCAACGCUAAUGUUGCACCUCGAGCUGUUCAUCCACUGCCUACAGGCGCCAUGGUUUCCCCCGGCUUACGUGGCGCAUGUUCUCCUAAUGACUCGGUAUUUUCACCUGGCAUACCAUCGUCUGGUAACCACCCAUACCUCGGGCAAAUACCAUCAUCAGGUAACCACCCAUACCUCGGGCAAGCUCAAGCGGCGAGUGUCUUAGUCUCGCCUUCUGGAGUUGGAGUCACAAGUGGAGAAGGCGUUCCAGUGGCAGUUUCUCCAGGCCGUGGUUACAAACAAUACAGUAUGGACCGUGUGGAUUGCGUUCAUCAAUUUCCACCACCAAUGAGUUCUCCUGGUAACUUUGAUGAGUAUUCAAUACCUUGUUCCCAGUGCGAAAAUCCGUAUCAUGAUGGGCCGGCUAGGAUCUUAUAUCGAGUCAACCCUGAAGGUUUAGCAUCUUCUGCCAAUCGUGCAACAUCUAAACUUGCCUUGCGUCGCUCUGAUUCCCUCAACGGAGAGCUAGGUUGUGGGUCUGUUUCUCGUGUCAAACCCAGCGGUCCAUCAGCGUCUGAAAUGCUGUACGGCAACGCUAAAGUCGCCAUGGAUCCCAGAUGCUCUCUUUGGUCCAAAUCAGGCACUCCUCGGCCGAUCUUUAAUAGCAACAAUCGAGGGAGUAAAGAUAGCGAUGUGUUUCACGAAGCUUUGAGUCCGAAUAUUGAGAAGAAAAAGAUGAAGCAACGGCUACGUAUUUCCUCCGAUAGCGCUAUUGGAAGAGAGGAGUUUGAUUUCGAACAACCAUUAUAUUUUGACGGCCAUAAAUGUGAUAACAAUUGUAGCCAAUGUCUGCGUAAUGAAAGACACAAUAUUCAUGACACUCUCCUUGCAAACAAGUACCCUAAAGAUGCCGAUCUUAAUAGAAGGCACAGUGAAUUCCUGCAAAAAGUUGAACGUUUACAGGAAUUGAGCAAGACUUUGAUCAAUGAUGCCCAGUCCGGCAUCUCAGGCCGUGGUCGUAAUCUUGGCUUCAUGGAACUAAACAGCAAUGAAACCAAGGAAAUGCCAACCAAAGUUUCUCCCAUGAUUUCUCCAAAAUUUAUAACUACUUCUCCGCGUUCCCCGCGAAACAUCAACUUGGAAUUUAACUCGGCACAGAAAUCCUUAGGUGACAAAUCCUGCAACAGAUUCCCAGUUGAUAAUACCAAGUUCCCUGAGCUUGGAGACACCCCAGAUUUGAAACGUCCUAGGAGAUCGGGCAAGGACCGUGUCAGGUUCAUGGACGUGUCGAAUAACGAAGCUGGGGUAGGGGAAUUGUCACCUAGAACACCUACUUUAUUACGCUCCACUCAAAAAUUGAGCCCCAAACUACCUCCCAAAUUUGGUCAGGAUUUAAAAGAAAUUCACGUGUAAGAAGCAGCGAGAAUAUAGAAUAAACUUUGCACCUGAAGAAGACAUACAAUUCACUCCAUCUUCCGAACAAGCUAUAAAAUCCAUUUAUAUUUCUUAUUUUAGCGUAAUUUCUCAAAUUUGUUUUUUAAAGACAAUUUUUUUGCGAAACUGUGUGAAUGCAGCUCUUGAAUGCAAAAUUUUAUGUGCUCAUGUAGAUAGUCAAAUCUUCUAUAGUUGUAUCAUAACAUCGUGACAGGUCAUUGUAAUGAAUUUUCAUGUCAAUUUAGGGGCUGAAAUUUUUCACAAUAGUGUUAAACGGCAGCUUUUUCGUUUUGUACUAGAUUAAAGCAGCUUGAUUUUUCAACAUUUGACUUGACCACACAACUGUAGUCAUUUUGACGGCUCUGCUGAAAUGGAUUUACGUACAUUAGAAGAUCUCUUAUAUGUUGACGUCUAGAGUGUCUUGCAACAUUAAUCGCGAUUAAUAAAGAUCUUUGAACAAUUCAGCAAUAGAGAUCUUCACGUAUAAAUUGAUGAAUUACAAUUACAAACAAAUUCACGUAUGAAGAAGGAUGAAUUUUUACAUUAGUCUUGAAAUCGCGAGUUAAUGGAACCACUCUCAGGUUUUCGAGGCUCGGUAUUUACUGCAGAGUUUGCAUGUAUAAAUUAAUUCUUAUGGUAUUCUUACAUGCCUUUCAUGUUCUCGUUGCUGUCACUGUUAUCGUUAUCCUUCUCACUUCCCUCUACUGUUCUCAUCACUUUCCUGUUCUCACAUUCCAACUGUUCUGUUGGCACAUUUCUCCUGUUCUCGCUCUCUUGCUGUUGUUCUCUCUUCCUCG